CUCAACGCCUGUUACCGGGGCUGCCGGCUGUUCUCCAUCUGUCACUUUGUGGAUGCGGACGCUGAGCUGAACACAACCAGAGCCGAGUGUGAAGCAGCGUGCGCCGAAGCCUACAGCAACGCAGAGGAGCAGUUUGGCUGCGUGACGGGGUGCCGCAAGCAGCUGCCCGAGGUGGAGAGCAGGAAGGAGAAGAGCCCGGAGCUGAAGGUGCCGUCGUUCUCCAUGUUCGAUUUGGUCUCCACCUUCUGCAACGACAUCGUCAGCUCUGCCCAGAGCUUCAUCUCCUCCACCUGGACCUUCUACCUGCAGGCGGAUGAUGGCAAAGUCGUGGUGUUUCAGUCCCAGCCCGAGGUGGAGCAUCCACCUCUGAGCAUCAACGGGGACAAGGAGUACCUGGAGGACCUGGACAGCCCCGGCACCUUCCCCUUGCCGCCCGUCAUCGCCGUCACCCUGUGUCCCACACACGGUCGCGAGGAUGCGGGGCCGCUGCCCCUCAAAGUCGACCUGGACAAGACCAUCCUGUAG